AUGUCUCAACAGCCAGGAAGUAUUGCCCGUAUUUUGGCCGUGACCGGCCUAACUGCAACCGUUGCAAUUGCCGGAUACGCCGCCUACUUUGACUACCAAAGAAGGAACAACCCUGAUUUCAGAAAGAGCUUGAAGCGCAAACUGAAAAAGCAUGCCGAGGAAGAGAAGCAAGCGAAGGAGAGAGCGAAGCAACAGAAACUGGCGCAUGUUGGAGAGUACUUGACCGCGGAGCUGGCCAAGGACCCUGUCUCUACAGAUCCUACUCAGAGAGAAGCUGUUUUCACGUCAAACGUCGAACUCGGAGAAAGAUUGGCCAGCGUAGCCGGCAACGAGCUGGAGUCGGCCUUGAAGUUCUACAAGGCCCUCAGCGUGUACCCUAACCCAGCCGAUCUCUUGGGCAUUUACCAGAGAAGUGUUCCAGAGGCUGUGUACGAAUACAUCGUGCUAAUGAUUGCGAUUAUGCCUCCUGUGAACGUGUCAACGUUUCUAAGUGGCGGCGCGCAAGGUGGACCUGCUGCUGUUGCCCAGGCCAUGGCCGGGCAGGCGGGCAACACGGGUGCCGGCGUAGGUGAGAUUGACGAAUAA